AACUUUGAUUCACACCCCCCAAGAGUCCCGUGCAAACAACAGCAAACUCACAGAAGUUCAGUGUGAAACUUAAAAAAUAUCAGCCCAGUCGAAGAGUAAAAUUCUGCCUGUACAGAGAACACUGAUGGCUGAGUAGUUUUCGUUAGUUUCGCGUGAAGUUUUUUUUUCGUUUUGUUUGUUUGAAUUUCUGUUGGAAACAAGUUUUGCCUACCUGGCUUAUUCCGUUCCGCCAACCCCGCGAGAUUCGAAACCAAACGCACUGCACUGAAUCGCACCUUCGUUGGAAAACAAAAAGAAGAAGAGUGGUUUUUUGUAUGAAGAGUAGAAGAAUUUAGUUCCGAAGAUCCGAAGCAAUCGAGCGAAGAAGAAAUACAAAAAAAAGAUAUAAAUGCAUGAGCAAUAGUGUACAGUGAAUCGAAAAUCAUUCUUUGCAGAUUGGCAAUAGAUAGUGCAUUUUCAACAAAUACAAAAGCAAUAAUAAGCUACAACGUGAUCAACCAGUGAUAACGACGAGAAGAAGAAAAAGUGCAAACGACGGUGCUUCCUGAGAAGAGUAGUCCUUUUUUCAAAGUUUGGUUUUUUUUGAAAAAAGCGAGAAUUGACACCCCGUGCAGGUAGUACUAGAUCGCGUCAGUCAGUUCAGUUCGUCUGUUUAUCUCGCAGAGCAGAAGACGUCGCAGAAAAGCUACUACCAAGAUAGCCAGAAAUCAACGGAGAAUGUCUACCGCGAUAAUGCACACCGGGGCGUUCUACGACUUUGGUGAUUUUACACUCAAGAAUCAAACAAACUCCAGGAGCACAGCGCAAAUGACGAUAUCGGCCAGCAACAGCACAAACUCCAGCAGCAACAGCAAUGCCUCCAGCUCUAGCAACAGCAGCAGUAGCAGUCCUCUGAUUGGUAGCACCAACCAUCACGCUACUAGCAGUCAGAUUCUACUUCAGCAGAACAUCAACGUUGCUGUGGCACACCAGCAACAGCAGCACCAUCAUCAUCAUCAACAACAGUCCCACCUCCACCACCAGCAACAACAGAACCACAGUCAGCACCAUUCGCAUUCCCACCAGCACUCCUCACACCAUCAGAACCACCAACAGCAGCAGCAGCACCACAACGCACAACAGCAGCAGCAAGCCAAUGCCCGGCAGCUGUUACUUCACAAUGCCCUCACCCGCACGACGUCGCACCCGGUGGGAACGACGGCCACUUCGUCGGCUACCGCGGCUGCAACGAUGGAAUCGUUGAUGGAGCUGCUGAGGAUGUCCACAGCGGCCAGUGCGCUGGUGCAGUCCAACGGUAGGGCUGGCAGUGGCGGCAGUGCUGCUGCGGCGGCUGCGGCCGCUGCAGCUGCAGCGUUAGUGUCCACGUCCUCCACCGGGGGGGGCAACAGCGGAGGAGGAGGCGGUGGAGGCCACCGGAAGUUGGAACGUACGCAGUCGGAACCGCUACCGCAGCAGGUCAAUACCUCGAGAUACAAAACCGAACUGUGCCGACCGUUCGAGGAAGCGGGUGAGUGCAAGUACGGCGACAAGUGCCAGUUCGCCCACGGCAUGCAGGAACUGCGCAAUCUUCAGCGUCAUCCAAAGUACAAGACCGAGCUGUGCCGUACGUUCCACAGCGUCGGGUUCUGUCCAUAUGGACCCCGGUGCCACUUUGUCCACAAUGCCGAAGAGGCACGGAACCACAACCGCUCGGUGGCCGCCUACCACGCCCAGCUAGCUGCGGCUGCCGCAGCUGCAGCAAACUCCAACGGCCAAAGUCAGCAAUCUUCCAAUGCGGCAGCUGCGGCCGCGGCUGCUGCCGUCCUGCAGCAAGCUCAACUCCAACAGACUGCUGUACUGCUUCAGCAACACCAGCAGCAACAGCAACAUCAGCACCAACAGCAGCAGCAGCAGCAACAGCAACAUCAACUCCCACUCAGCCCGGCACUGUCGAUGUCCACCGGUUCGGAUCGUGCUUCCCCGAUUGGAUCGCUCUCGUUGUCGCCUACGACUUCGAUGGCCAGCUUCUUCCCCGAACAGGGCAGCCCGACGGCCAUCGGCCAAGGAGGUCCAACCGGGCAGAGUGCCUUCAACUUCCCGGCGUCGCCACCGGCUAGUCCCAUCGAUGGUGGCCACUCGCCGAUGACCACUCCUCCACCGCCUUCCCCGUCGCUGAUGCAACAGUCCAACAAGGGCGGCGUCUCGCUGGAUUCCGUCGAGGCCCGACUGCCGGUGUUCAACCGCCUCAGCUCGACGAUGGAUGCUUUUACCAAUAUGAUGAUCUAGAUCUAGCUAUUAGCUAUACUUUUUUAUAGUGGUGAUCACGAGGGGUUGGUUAGCUAGCAGCAGCAGCAGCGAGUGUCGUCGGUGUGCGUGUGUUGUGCGCGUUGUGCGUUGUGAUAUGUAUUUUUUUUUUCCUUAUACACGAAUAUUAUAUAUCUUGUAUAACACGUUGCUGUUUAGUUGGUUGGUCCGGUUGUUGAUCGGUAGGUUGUGUGUGGGAGGAGGAGGGUUUGUGGUUGUUCUAUUUUCUGUACGCACGCGCACACACACACACACAUACCAUUCCAGAGAGAGAGAGGGAGCUGGCUGACCACGGAUAUUCUUUAGAAAAAAAUCACGCAAAGGCGCUUCACACGCACGCACGCACACACUCUUGGACAAAUAUGCAUAUUAUUUACACAUAUAACUCUUUAUUUUAUAUAUAAAUAUACAGUUGUUAGGAGAGAGCGAGAGAAAGCGCAGUUAGAUUAGGAAAACUGUGGUUCUUUUCUAUUUGGAGGUUUAUUUUCCGGGGAAGUUUCAACUAUUUAUUCAAACUGAAAAUAUGUGCGUGUGUGUGUGUCGGCACCUCACGAACACAAACGCAUAAUGUAAAAAAAUCAAAACAACACUCAAGCAAACGAAUAUUUAUUUCAACACACGUGUAAACAAAGGCACAAAAUGCAAAUUUAAUAACGUUGGAGCAAGUGUAGCGAACGGAAAUGUAACACACUUAUUUAAUUAUUUAUUUUUUAUGAUUAUAAACUUUAUUUAAACAUGUGAAACGAGGAUUCAACAACAACAACAAAACACCUAAGGCACGUACGGACAGACGCACACAAACAUGCACACCUUCACGCGUGAUAGCACGCCUUUUUCUUUGAUUUGCUUAUGCUCAAAAAUGGACGAUGAUUGCAAGCGAAAAAAUGGAGCUAGUUUUUUUUUCAGUGUAGUUUGUUCAUUUAAGUUGGAAAAAGUGUGUUUGUGUGUACCUGUGUGUAAUUUACCUACCUAAUUACCGUUAAAAGAAGAGAGAAAAGGGAAAACAAAAUAUGUUUUAAGAAAAAGAGAGAGAGAGAGAGAGAGCGAGUGAGCAGUCCUCGUUUAGAUUGAUAUGUAUAUUUUGAAUGGACCGAGAAGGAAAAAACGAAGCGAGAUAGAUGUGUAAGAAGAAGAAGAAGAAGCUUCCAGUGAGAGACACUAGCAAAAGACGAAUUUCGAUUUCACAAACAGCAGAACAUUUUCGAUUAGCGUAAAAGACGUCAAUUCUCCCCCUCGUGUUUCUAUUAAUUAUUAACUAUUAUUAUUAUUAUUAUUAUUAUCAUGCUAUCUUUAUUAUUUUUUAAUUUAUUUUAUUUAUUUCCUCCAUAUGCUUUACUUUCUUAUUUUAUUGCGAAAAGAAAGCACGAUUUGUAAUGAAAAUGGAUUCUUUUUCUGCUCCACGAGUGUCGAUGACUGUUCACGUGCUUUGACUUUUCCUUGUACAAUUUUUUACCGCUGAUAGCCCUUGGUCGCCAGAUAGUGCCUUACCUCUGGAUCUAGUUUACAAAGCGCGCGACACACAGCAGCGGUGUGCGCGUCGAUAUAAGUCAUGUACAGGAUUUUCUUUUUUUCUUUCCUAGGGAUUUGCCCUACCUCUGAAAACAUGCAAUCAGGAAUGUACAUUUUAAAAAUUACUUCAUUACCAUUUAAGACGGAAUAAACAUACAAAGAAAAGAAAUGUGACACGUUAACAGAAUGUAAGACGAAAAAUCCUCUAGCUCUAAGUUAUUGCCGCUUUUUUCCCCCGGGUCUACUCAGGGCCCAAUUCUUCCGAAGAUUCUUCCACACACAGGAUUUAAGAAAACGACGUUUUUUUUCUGUCUAAAAUAGUGAAACAUUUUUUAUUGAGAGAGCCACUGACAGCUUCGGACGCCGCUGUCUAUUUGAUUCGGUGGACCCCCGUCGCCCUUGGAGUUUGAAGGAUAAUAAUCUUUUUUUUUCAGUCUCAUUGUGAUCAUAGUAUGUAAUGCCUUUUUUUUUAAUACGUGUUGAUAAGCCUACUGCCAUCUGUGUUACUAGGAGGAAAGAAGGAAAAGGGGGGUGACCGCUCAAGCGACGACGAAGACUACCUGUAAUAUCUAUUUAUGCGAAAAGACAAUGGCCCAGGGCGGGGUCGAGGGGUCCAACGGCGGCGGCAACCGCAAAGCAGUGCGCUCUCGGAUAUUUGCUUUAAUUUCCCUUGUGAGGUUAGAUUGUAAGGCCAGAGACAGAGAGAAAGUUUAACAGAAGAGAAUAUAUUUGUACAGAAGAAGGUGAAAACACUCAGCAAAUCUUCCAUUAGAUUUAGGGUUAAAGAAAAGAAAGAUUAUUAUGGUAACAAUUUUUUUUUGCGCAACGUUUCUGUAGGUAUAAUGUGUAAUAAUGGUAAGCUAGGGUUCCCCCAUCAGGAUUCCUCGUCAGGCACGCGUGGAAACGCUAUUCGAAUCGGGUCGUCGGAAGAAAGUGUGGGGGGAGGGUUCGAUUCAGCGACAAUCUCUUUUUCCGUUUCCUUGUUUCGUCAUAUGUUUACCCAUGUUUGUGAUUUUGGUUUGAAGACGCAUCGAAAGGUCGGAGUUUGUUGGACGUGGACACUGAACGAAAUGUGCACGAUGAAUUGGUCCCAUUCGAUGCGUCUUUAAAUGUCCUCUUAGCUCGCCAAGUCAUGUUUGCUGUCUUAAAUCUAAAUCUCCGCGGUUGAAAAAACGUACACGCAAACCUGCAAUAAAAGCCAAGAGUUAAGAAAGAGAUCUCUCAAUUUUUUCUUCUACUUAUUUAUUGCAUUUUUUUAUGUAACUUAUUUAAUAAAUUAUAUACGUAAAAGUUAAGAGCCCACCAACUAUCACCAGCACACCCCGUACUUGCCUUUUAGACUUUCCGCAUUUCGUCGCCCCUUCCACUUACAUGUUAAGAGCGCCCCAACUCAAACAAAAAACCAACACUCUUUAAACGAGCCACCACAAACAACAAUCAAUCAACAAGUCUUCCAUGAAGUAGUUUAGUGGCAAAAAACAAGAGAGAGCAUUAAUAGAAUGUGUAGUUAGAACAAAGCGAACCGAGAACAGGAACACGCAAAGAGAGAAUGGCGAACGACUCGAUUUGAAUAAUGCUUCCUCCCCCUUCCGCUCCCCCUCCCAAUUCCCUCUACCAACCCGCGAAACUCUUAUCAUUCUCAUUCCCCCCACUCGUCUUUCGACGACGACGACGAUGAUGAUGACUGAGGAACUGAGCAAGCAAGCAGUAACUGAUAACAUACAAAAAAAUGAGUCUGAUGUUGAAGAAAAACACACUGAUGCGAAAAAAGACGUUAUUAUUAUACAAAUAAAAAACACACAUACACCCAAAACACUUGCAUGCAUACAAUUAUAGCAUAUAUAUUUUUUUUAUCUGUGUCUUAUCGUGUAGAACCCUAUUUAAUUAUUUAUGACCACGCGCGAAAAACUGAUAUUUAAACAAACGAGAAAAAAAAUAAUGCCAACAAAUCCAGAGCUUCAACCUUCCGUUUUCUAUCAGUGUACUCUUAUCUUAUUGUUCCCCUCCCUUCCCCAUCCCCAACACUAGCUAUUAUUAUAAUUAUUAAACAAUUAAAAAAAACUAUAAUUUACUAUAUUGAUGCAAACAAACAAUGAAAAUAAAAACACGCAAAUCAUCGAGGGGCCAUCUACUAUGCAAUCCUGAGUUAUUGGUAGUUACACUUAGAAGAAGAAAACAAUCGGAGAAAAAGCUACUCUUCUUUCUUUUUUUGUUCUUUUUCCUUUGUGUAUGUACAUUCAAACAUAAUAAAAA